AUGACCCUUGACCAUCAGGUAUUCAACCAGUCUCUCAAGAGCACGCCACCUCCAGCACCAAGCUGUAUGCCUCUGGGAGAGCAUGGACCUAUGAGCCCGGACAGUGAUGCUACUUGUACUGGAAACCCAUUCACAAAACUGCUGACUCUUGGGAGAGAAGAUGGUAGUGCGGAAUGGCACUUAUCUGGUAGUAUUUUGGAUGUUUACCCUGAUGAGCAGGGAAUUUCUCCAGUUAACACAAAUCUAAUGAAUGCUUCCUGUCCAAACAUCCUGCCCAUGAAAAAGGAAAUUGCAGAAACUGACACUAGAGCUUUGGCAAAAGAGAGACAGAAAAAGGACAACCACAACCUCAUUGAAAGAAGAAGAAGGUAUAAUAUUAAUUACCGAAUCAAGGAGCUUGGCACUCUUAUUCCAAAGUCUAAUGAUCCUGAUAUGCGCUGGAACAAAGGAACCAUUCUGAAAGCAUCAGUGGAGUACAUCAAGUGGCUGCAGAAAGAACAACAAAGAGCCCGGGAGUUAGAACACAGACAGAAGAAAUUAGAACAGGCUAACCGGCAGCUUGUGCUCCGGAUUCAGGAACUAGAGAUACAAGCACGGGCUCACGGUCUGCCAAUGCUGACUUCACUCGGCCCCGCUGAUCUCAGUCCCCACCUCACCAAACAACAGAUCCAUCCUGAGAAGAACUCAGUAGUGGGCUGCUGCCAACAACUGACUCCGUCUCAGGGGACAAGCCCGGAGUUCUGCGAGCAAGCUGUGGCCUUCUCUGACCCUUUGUCCCACUUCACAGAUUUAUCGUUUAGCGCUGCUUUGAAGGAAGAGCAAAGAUUGGACGGCCUGCUACUAAGUGAUACAAUGUGCCCCUUUGGAACAGACCCUCUCCUCUCUGCCACUUCCCCUGCGGUUUCCAAAGCCAGCAGUCGAAGCAGCUUCAGCUCCGAGGAUGGUGAUGAACUAUAA